AUGAUUGAUGAAGAUUGUGAAUCUUCGUCAUCAAAUCAGAAAUGGUAUCAGAGAAAAAUCUUUCCAGGACUGUAUAAAAUCGAUUCUCUUCCAGAGAAUUUCUGGAAAUUUGAUAUUCAUGACUGGGAACUCUUGAAAACUUUAGCAAAAAUAGAAGUAGUCAUAUACAUAUUAUCAUUAUUAACAGGAUCAUUUUUUGGAGUUCUUGCAUACUGGGAUGGACCAAUGUUUGUCUAUGUUGCAAGAACUUUUUACAAUAUUCCAAGAGAAGGGCCCGAUUCACAUCUAUUUAAGCGUCCACCAGAAUAUUUUACAUGCCAUUUCCCAGGGUAUCCUAUUAUUAUUCGAAUAUUUUCAACAAUAGUUUUCAAUCGAUACUGGCUUGGUCUUUUACUCUCAAUAAUCUUUGGAGCCGUCUUAGUAACAUAUUUAUUCAGAAGAUUACUUAUUGUUUAUGACUGUGUACAAGAUCCAAACUUUACUACUUAUAUUUCCUUAUAUUUCCCACUAAGAUUUGUAUUAUACAAAGCUGUCGGUGCUUGUGAGCCAUUGUACAUGAGCUACUGCUUCCUAGCUUUCAUAUUUUUCAAAACAGACCAAAUUUUCUUUCUUUUGUUAUCUUUAUGGGGAGCCUGCUUAACAAGAAUCGAAGGACUCUCAAUUGUUGGCACCAUUGGACUAUCCUACUUAUUAAGAUUGGAUAUUCCUCGCGCUUUGUUCACAGGACUUGGAUUUUUGGCAACUCCUGGAUUAUUUUACUUUUAUAGCUUGAAAUUCGGGACAUAUACCUCAUAUUUUGAAUUCAAUGACCAUUUGUUGAAUCCUUUCUACUAUUCUUUAAGAGUUAAAGCAACAGAUUAUUUUUUCGUAUUAGAUCCUCAUACAUUGCUCACAGUUUCAGCUCCAAUGCUAGCAGGAACACUAGUACUAUAUGUUACUGCUGUUCCUAUGGCAAUUUUUAGUACAGUUUAUUUAUUAUUUAUUUCAUUUUUGAACCAUGAAGAUAUUAUGAGAUAUUCAAUGCCUGGAUAUGUUCUAGCAGUUCUUAUAGGGUUUGAUUCAAUGAUUACAUCUCCAGUUCUUAGACUUAGACUUAAAAUAGUUGCAAAGUUUUUAUUAGUGGUCCAAUUCUAUUCAUAUAUCGGCCAAAUGAAUAUUAAUAGGGCCAAUGAUUUACAUUUCAAGAAAAUCUGUGAUAUUAUUCAUCAUGUUUAUGAAGGUCCAAAUUCAGAAGUGUUUUAG